CAACAUGGGGAUUUGAAGCUUCAACCCCCGAAACUCACAUUCGCUCCAGCGCAUUGUUUCUUUCAGGGCAUGUUCAAUGGCCUUUUGGGUAACUCCGCUCGAAUAAUACUGUCUGAUUAGAUAGCCGACAAUUCUGCGGCGAGACACAUCUCACCCGAUUCAUAUUCCAGCAUGGCCGGCCUCGACGCGUUCUUCCGGCCCGUGCCGCUCUUCGGCGCCGCUGCGCUCCUCCGUGUGGCGAUGUUAUACUACGGCCUAUGGCAGGAUGCUAACUCCGCCGUCAAGUACACCGAUAUUGACUAUCUGGUCUUCACCGAUGCGGCUCGCUUCACUGCUCAAGGGCGCUCACCCUACGACCGCGAAACUUACCGCUACACGCCACUUUUGGCCUGGAUGCUUGUGCCUACAGCGUGGCAAGGAUGGUUCUCAUUCGGCAAGGUCGUUUUUGCGGUCGCUGACUUGCUGGCCGGGUUUCUGAUUGUGCGCAUUCUCGAGAGACGUGGCGUGGAGAUGGGGAGAGCACUGAAGUUUGCCAGUAUCUGGCUGCUGAAUCCCAUGGUCGCAACGAUCAGCACCCGUGGGAGCUCGGAGGGACUCUUGGGUGUGUUGGUCAUGGCGCUGCUUUGGGCUGUGCUCGAAAGACGCACGACGCUGGCUGGGCUGUUGCUUGGCUUCGGAGUCCACUUCAAGAUCUAUCCUUUCAUCUAUGCGCCGGCAAUUGUGUGGUGGAUGGAUGAGGAGAUGCUCGGCCGAAAGGGGGCAGGUUCCGCCCAGACGCAGACUAUUGGCGAAGCCUUGGUCAAGUUUGUCAAUGCUGAGAGAGUCAAGCUGGCCGUCGUCAGUCUCGCGACCUUCAUGGGACUCAACAUUGCCAUGUAUUCCAUCUAUGGCACGCCAUUCUUGGUGCACACUUACUUCCACCAUGUCACCAGGAUCGACCACAGGCACAACUUCAGUCCUUACAACGUACUAUUGUAUCUGACGUCUGCUUUCCCGUCCACAGCUACCAUCCGCAUAGAAUCUGUCGCCUUUCUCCCACAGAUCCUACUGUCGACAGUGCUCAUUCCGUUCAUCUUAGCAAAGAAGGACCUUGCAACUUCGAUGAUGGCUCAGACCUUUGCUUUCGUGACCUUCAACAAAGUCUGUACGAGCCAGUAUUUCCUGUGGUAUAUGGUCUUCCUGCCCAUUUACCUCCCUGGCUCAACGUUCCUCAAGAAUCCGAAGCUAGGGGCUACUGCUUUGGGCCUGUGGAUCGUGUCCCAAGCUGCCUGGUUACAGCAGGGCUUCAAUCUGGAGUUCUUGGGCGUUAGCACUUUCUUCCCGGGCUUAUUCGCGUCAUCUGUAGGAUUCUUCCUCGUUAACUGUUGGAUCCUGGGUAUCAUGGUCAGCGAUGGCGAUUCAACAGCCAUGGUGACAGGCGCCAAAUCCAAGCAAUAAUAUUCGCAAGAUGAUGUAGAUGUAUAAGAAGAGGAAGAUCUGGUAACUUUAAGGACCCCAUCACAUUGGUAACCAGACUUGAUACCCGCGUGACCUUGGUCUAUUGGUGAUGUCGUCAAGCCUUGAUCCACACUCGAUGAGCCAAAUUUCAUCUAAAACAAUUCCCAAUCCUUGGGAUUGAUCUCAAAUGCAUGCAAGGGGU